AUGGCCCGAGCACCACAGGGCGAAGCAGUGGUGGCUCUCUCCUCACUAUGCAGGCUGGUAUACGACAGAGAGACGGGAAAGCCGAAGGGCUAUGGCUUCUGUGAGUACCAAGACCAAGAGACAGCCCUCAGUGCCAUGCGGAACCUGAACGGGCGAGAGUUCAGUGGGAGGGCCCUGCGUGUGGACAAUGCGGCCAGUGAGAAGAACAAGGAGGAGCUGAAGAGCUUGGGCACAGGUGCACCCAUCAUAGAGUCACCCUACGGGGACCCUGUCAAUCCUGAAGAUGCCCCUGAGUCCAUCAGCCGGGCAGUAGCCAGCCUGCCGCCCGAACAGAUGUUUGAGCUGAUGAAACAGAUGAAGCUGUGCGUCCAGAACAGUCCCCAGGAAGCCAGGAACAUGCUGCUCCAGAACCCCCAGCUGGCUUACGCUCUGCUGCAGGCCCAGGUGGUCAUGAGGAUUGUCGACCCAGAGAUUGCGCUGAAAAUCCUGCAUCGCCAGACCAGUGUUCCUCCUCUGAUCCCAGGCAACCAGCAGCCAGUGCCGGGACCGGGACCGGGGCCUGGGCCAGGGCCAAAUGCCCAGCUGAACCCACAGAAUACCCCUGCGUCCCAGCCGCAGCCCAUAGGUGGGAUGCACGUGAAUGGCGCUCCUCCUCUGAUGCAGCCGCCCCUGCAGGGAGGAGUGCCAGCCCCAGGACAGAUGGCAGCCCCAGUGCAGGGCCCAGGCCCUGGCCCUAUGGCUCCAGGAGGUGGGAUGCAGCCGCAGGUUGGGAUGCCGGGUGGAGGGCCUGUCCCCUUGGAGCGCGGACAAGUUGGGAGAGAUCCCCGAGGACUGGAGCCACGAGGAUUGGAGCCACGAGGGCUGGAGCCCAGGGUGAUGGAGGCUCGAGCUCUGGAGGCACGAGGCUUGGAGCCCCGGGUCCUGGAGCCACGAGUGCUGGAAGCCAGGGCCAUGGAGGCCAGGGUCAUGGAGUCCCGGGGCCUGGAGCCUCGAGGGCCUGUUCCCAACCCACGUGGCCCCAUGCCUGGUGGGAUACAAGGUCCUGGGCCACUUAACAUGGGAGCCAGUGGCCCACAGGGGCCCCGCCAGGUUCCUAACAUGGCAGGAACAGGCAUGCAGGGAGGAGGCAUUCCUGGGGCAGGGGUCCAAGGAGCUGGUCAGCCUGGAGGAUUUAGCCCUGGACAGAGCCAGGUCACGCCCCAGGAUCACGAGAAGGCAGCACUGAUCAUGCAGGUUCUGCAGCUGACGGCAGACCAGAUUGCCAUGCUGCCACCAGAGCAACGGCAGAGCAUCCUUAUCCUAAAGGAGCAAAUCCAGAAGUCCACAGGGGCACCCUGACAGG